UGAUAGGAAGUGAAGUGCAGAAUGAGAAAUAGGUGUAAAUUGUAGUUACUUUAGUGAAAGAGGUAGGGCUAAAGAGUUUGAGUAGUUUUGUUUGGUUGUGGAGCUUAAAGCCAUGGAGGAAGGGAAAAGAAAGAAGAGGGCAUGAAUGAUUGAGAAAUGAGAAGUGAUAUUCAAAGUGGUUCUGUAAUGCAUGGACCCCUCUUUUGUCUCCCUAUAGCCACCUACAAAACUUGCCUACCCCUACAUAACCCAUUAUACCAUUGCUUAAGCCUUCUAAAUUCUUCCUUACCCCAUCCCUCUCUUUUCGAUUCAGUAAAUUUCAACAUCUUCCAUCUUAUCAAAAUCAUGCCAAACUCCUACCUCUUUCCCUUUGACCAUACCCCAAUCAUUUUUCAAUAUCACCGACUUCAAUUUCCUCCCUUGCCAGCUAGCUAGCUUUAGACAAUCCUAACCAAACCCACCUGAACUACAGUACCCCAAAUUCACCACAAUUUAUAUAUAUAAACCCUAAAUACAUUGUAUAAUUUCUCUCUUUUAACGUUUUUCUUUUCUUCUUAUCUUCUUUCUAUUUUCUUCCUAUCUCUCAUCUUGAAGUCCACGUUUCUCAUAACUCUAUAUAUAUACACAGAUCUUCCACCAAACAUAAAACACAUCUUGUACUAAAAUCACUCACACGCACACGCACACGCCUGCUCCCAACCCUAAUCUACGACAAAAACAGAAACUGCAAUCCCCUAACAUCACAUCCACAGGUGCUACUUCUUACCCUCCAAAACAACAACCUUAACAUGUCCGCAGCCGUGGCCGCCGCCGCCGCAGCCGCCGCCAUGUCGGGGUACCACAACUCCACGCGGAGACAACACACUGAUCACGACUUGCCCUUACCGUCGCAGCGAGUGUGCGUGGCUCCUCCUCUGAGCAGGUACGAGUCCCAGAAGCGGCGCGACUGGAACACCUUCGGCCAGUACCUCAAGAACCACCGUCCACCUUUGACCCUCUCCCGCUGCAGCGGCGCCCACGUGCUGGAGUUCCUGCGCUACCUCGACCAGUUCGGAAAAACCAAGGUGCACGCCGAAACCUGCGCCUACUUCGGAAACUCCCACCCGCCUGGUCCCUGCUCGUGUCCCUUGAAGCAGGCGUGGGGCAGCUUGGACGCGCUGAUCGGGAGGCUGCGCGCGGCGUUCGAGGAGCACGGCGGCGCGCCGGAGAUGAACCCGUUCGGGACACGCGCGGUGAGGCUGUACCUGAGGGAAGUUCGCGACGCGCAGGCGAAGGCGAGAGGCAUAGCGUAUGAGAAGAAGAAGAGAAAGAAGGCUGAAACGCAUGAUGAUGUGAUGAGCAUGAUGGGUUCCAGUGAUGCCACUUACUGUGGUUAUGGUGGUGCCUUUCUUCCUCAGCAGGUGCUGUCUGAUUCAAAUGCCACAACUUCUUCCUCCAUCCCUGAUGGGGUUUCCUAUUUCUCUUCCCACUGUGGCUUCAAUUGAUUCUGAAUUUGUGAUGCAUGCUGCAAAAUCAGUGCUUCAUUAUGAUAGGAUAUAAUAAUAAUAUUAUUUUAUGGUUAGUGAGGUGUGGUAGGGUUCAGAGUUGCACCAAGUGUGGUCAUUCUUAGAACCUUGUCAUAAUUAAUAGUAUCUGAUUAAUAUAUUGCAGGAUUUCGUUCUAUAUAUGGUUUGCUGAAAAAGUUUUUAGGAAUUCCUGCAUUGUGGAACCUGCAAAAUAUGUUAGAAUAAGUCUGAAUUUCAUUAAUACCUAUACUUUUCCACUCUUUGUUUAUUCAUUUUGAACUGAUAUACAUACCGAUGGUUAUUGUUUGUCGAUAAAUAUAUAGUUUUUCGCAUUCCUUCAAAAAA